CUCUUCCAUCAUUACUGAAACAGUCUAGCAUUGAGAAGAUGCCGAAGCCAGCAGAAGGAACAGGCGUGGCAAUUAGGAAGAGAUCCAAAGUGCCUGGUGUUAUGAUCACGCAGUAUGUUGAAGAACUGCCACCUGGAUCUACUACUCCUGAUUUCAUCCGAAAACCCAUUGCCUUGACUAUACAGGAAGGUAGACUGGCCUUUUUCAAAGCUGUUGUGAGUGGAAAUCCAGUACCAGAGGUUUCAUGGGCACGCAACAAGGGAGAUAUCUCUAAUUCAACAAAAUAUGUUUCACGAUUUGAUGAGAAGAAUGAAGAAUAUAUUCUAGAGAUACCAAAGGUAGAUUCGGAUCAAGCAGACACAUACAAAUGUUUUGCUAUAAAUCCAUUUGGAAAGGCUGUUUGUACCGCUGCACUGAAUGUCAUUGAGGUUGGAUUCAAGAAAAGAGCACCAGCCCCCAAAAGUAACCCUGAUGAGUUCAGAAAAAUGCUGAAGAAAACGGUUGUGAAGAGAAAAGAAAAACAAUGCAAAGAAGGAGAAAUUGAUCCGAGGUUCUGGGAGGUGUUACUGAGUGCACCCAGGAAAUAUUAUGAAGGGAUUUGUCAUGAAUUUGGAGUAACCGACUUCAGGUGGAUGCUGAGAAAGCUUAACCAGAAGAAAAAGGAAAGAGAAGCAGAACAGUCCAAGUAUGUUGAGAAAAUCGAUAGCUUGAAACAGAUCGAGGUUAAAACGGACGGCACAGCGGAAUUUGAGCUUGAUAUAAAGCUAAAGGAUCCUAACAGCAAGAUCCUUCUCUUCAAAGAUGGGGAAAUGCUGGACUAUGGAGAUGGAACUGAUGAAUCCACAAAACAUAAUAUGCAGAAAUUUGGUGAAACAUACUUGUUCAGCAUUAGGGAUGUUGGCCCAGAAGAUGCUGGGUUAUAUCAAGUGGAUGUAGAGGAGGUGAACAUGUUCUCAACUUCCCUAGUGUUGCCUGAUGUGGAGUUUAAUACUACACUGAAAGACACUAAAAUGAUUGAGGGGCAGGAUGCGGUGUUUGAAUGUGCCUUAUCAGACCCUUUACCCCAAAUCACCUGGUGUGCCAAUGACAUCUCUAUUGAGCAUGGGGAAAAAUAUGACAUCACUGUGUCAGAAGACAAGCAAGUCCACAAACUAGCAGUGAAAAACUGUACAAAAGAGGACAAGGGUGUCUACACUGCUAUUGCUGGGCUCAGGUCAAGCCAGGGCAGUCUGGUUGUGGAAGACCAUGGAGUCCACUUCCUGAACGGGUUGUCAGAUACUGUAGCCAAUGUUGGAGAAUCAGCAGAGUUGUCCUGCAAACUUAGCAGUGAAGAUAGCAAAGGAUUAUGGUACAAAGAUGGAAAAAAGUUGGAGUCUAAGAAUGGCAUAACAAUUGUCAAAGAUGGGACUCACCACAAACUAAUCAUCUAUGACUGCCAAGAAAGAGACACUGGAAAAUAUAAGUUUGAGGCAGAAGGACGUAAAUCAGAGGCUGCAUUAAAUGUUAAAGAUCCACCAAAAAUAAAUGCAGACGCCUUGAGUAAAUUCUCAGAGCCUGUUAUUGUCAAAGCUGGAGAAAACGCUUCCUUCAAACUACCAUUUUCAGGCAAAGAACCUAUUAAGAUUCAGUGGUUUAAAGAGGAUGAAGAGUUGCUGGAGGGUCACGGUGUCAGGAUAGAAAAGUCUUCAGCCCAUAGCCGUCUACUUCUUACUAAAUGUCAGCGCAAAGACAGUGGAGAGAUAAAAAUCAAAAUCAAGAAUGAAUUUGCCACUGUGGAGGCCACUUCAAAACUUACAGUACUUGACAGGCCAACUCCACCACAAGGACCUAUAGAAAUUGCAGAAAGCUCAUUGUCUGCCAUUGAGUUUAAAUGGAGACCCCCAAAGGAUGACGGUGGCUGUCCAGUGAUUAAUUACGACCUGGAGCGACAGCAGCUGGGACGGAACACCUGGACAAAACUUGGAGACAUUCCUGGACAGCCUACCUACAGAGACACAAACACAGAUCGUGGCCGAAAGUACUGCUACAGAAUUCGGGCAAAAAACUUGGAGGGCUUCAGUGAAGUCUUGACAACUAACGAUAUUUCUGCUGGAACUUUGGCGUUCCCUGGCUCUCCUGCUCCUCCUAAAAUAGUCAGUGUCUUUAAAGACUGUAUUAACUUGACCUGGCUUUCUCCCUCCAACACCGGAGGGGGCAGUAUCAUUGGAUAUAAUGUGGAAAAACGCAAAAAAGGUAGCAAUUUUUGGACUCAAGCAAACCCAAAAGAUGAUCCAAUCAUAGAUAAAAAAUAUGCAGUAAAAGAUGUAAUUGAAGGUGUGGAGUAUGAGUUCAGAGUGAGCGCUAUCAACACAUGUGGGCCUGGAGAACCAAGUGGGCCAUCUGAAUAUGCAAUUACAAGAGAUCCUAAAAAACCUCCCGGUCAGGUCAAAGACCUCAAAAUAACUGGAUCGAGCUACACCAGUCUUUCUCUUUCCUGGACUAAACCUAAAGAAGUGAAAGGUGAGGAAGAUGAAGCAAAAGGCUAUUUUGUGGAAAUCAGACCCACAGACCAACUUGAGUGGAACCGCUGCAACACAAACGCAGUGAUUCAGACUUCCUUCACUGCUAUGGGAUUGAAGUCAAUGGCCAUGUAUUGGGUCAGAGUGAUCGCCGUCAAUGAAGGAGGAGAGGGGCUUUCGCAGAACAUUGACAAAUACAUCAUCGCCAUGCCUCCUCCAGUGAAGCCAAAGCUCACUAACAAAAAAAUUAAAAGUUUCAUGGUUGUUAAAGCUGGAAACACUGUUCGUGUCAGCAUCAGUUUCGAGGCCUCUCCUUUACCAGACAUAACAUGGCUAAAGGACUGUGCUCCUGUAGCCAAACAUGUCACAGUCACAAAUUUUGAAAAAGGUUCUCAACUAUUUAUUUACGCAUCAGAGAUGUCUGACACCGGCAUUUAUACUGUCAGUGUGAAGAAUAUGGUGGGCCAGGACACAUUCACUAUUGAAAUAAGAGUCACUGAUGAUCCCAAGCCUCCAGGUCCCGUAGAACUGGAACAAAAUGUCCAAGGCACUGUGACUCUGUCAUGGACUCCUUCUCCCGAUGAGAAACGAGAUGACCAUCUGCAUUACAUGGUGAUGAAGCGGGACUCUGUCAAACAAACAUGGCGUACAGUGGUCGACAACUUGUUUAACAACAAAUUCACAGUUAUUAACAUCUUACCUGGAAGAGAGUAUAAUUUCAGAGUGUUUGCCAAGAAUGACAUAGGCCUCUCAGAGCCCUCAGUGUCUCCGGUUUGGGGAAGCACCAAAAAAAGAGAAAAAAUCACAUAUAGAGUGCCUGAAUCAAAGACCCUCGACUUCCAGGCAGCCCCCAGAUUUAUUGUCCCUUUGAAACUUCAUGCUGCUCCGCCAGGUUAUGAGUGCUACAUGAGCUGUGCUGUGACUGGCAACCCAACACCACAUAUCACUUGGUACCAUAAUAACGUCAGUCUCAACACAAAUCCCAACUACUACAUCACAAAUGUGUGCGGUGUUUGUUCAUUGCUCAUCCUGAGGGUUGGACCCAGAGACACGGGAGAGUAUCAAGUUUUAGCCGAAAGCCCUCUUGGUCAUGAUGAGUGCUCCACCAAACUUACAGUCAAAGAGUAAAGAAAGGAUGACUUCGGACAACACCGUUUGUGAUCACAUUUCUUGAAAGUGAAAUAUACGUAAUAAUUGAUGUGAUCUUAAAAAGUGAAAUUAAAAAAAUAGGGAAUAAUGUAUAAAAUAUAUUGAAUGAUCUAUGUAUCAUGUUUUAUUCCUUUAAAAGAAUACUGAUGCUAGAAGCCGCCUGUGACAAGCUAUAGUGUAAAGUCACAGCAGACUAGAUGUCAGGCAAAGAAA